UCCCUUCAGACACGCGCUAGCAUUACAAGAACCCCAAACCAAACCAAAGUCAUACAGCAUUAGAAAGACAAAUCUAAUUAAAUAACUGAGAAGACGCAAGGAUAACGGAAAUUUUUUAAAUUGAACUAUUGACAUUUGUGAAUUUAAGAGCUCUAACAAUGGUUGUAUCGGUGAAAGUAUUCAAGAAGGCCACACCCAAUGGCAAAGUGACCUUCUAUCUGGGACGUCGUGAUUUCAUUGAUCACUUGGACUAUUGUGAUCCUGUCGAUGGUGUUGUGGUGGUCGAUCCGGAUUAUUUGAAAAAUCGUCGCGUAUAUGGACAACUAGUCACCACCUAUCGCUAUGGCCGCGAAGAGGAUGAGGUCAUGGGCGUCAAAUUCUCCAAGGAACUCGUACUAAGCCGCGAACAAAUCGUACCGAUGACUAAUAGCAACAUGGAAAUGACACCGAUGCAGGAGAAACUCGUACGCAAGCUAGGCAGCAAUGCACAUCCCUUCACCUUCCACUUCCCACCCAAUUCACCCAGCUCCGUCACCUUGCAACAGGAGGGCGAUGAUAUGGGUAAACCGCUUGGCAUUGAGUACAACAUUCGUGCCUAUGUCGCCGAUUCGGAGGAUGAUCGUCAACACAAACGCAGCAUGGUCAGUUUGGUGAUCAAGAAAUUGCAGUAUGCACCACCGACACGCGGUCAGCGUUUGCCCAGUUCGUUGGUGAGCAAGGGUUUCACCUUCUCCAAUGGUAAAAUCAGCUUGGAGGUGACACUGGAUCGUGAGAUCUACUAUCAUGGCGAGAAAGUGGCUGCCACUGUGCAGAUUAACAAUAAUUCUAAGAAGUCGGUUAAGAAUAUUAAAUGCUUCAUAGUGCAACAUACAGAGAUCACCAUGGUGAAUGCGCAGUUUAGCAAACAUGUCGCGCAGUUGGAGACCAAGGAAGGUUGCCCUAUUACACCGGGUGCAAAUUUGUCGAAGACAUUCUAUUUAAUACCUUUGGCAGCGAAUAAUAAGGAUCGUCAUGGUAUUGCACUCGAUGGCCACUUGAAGGAUGAGGAUGUGAAUUUGGCCUCAUCAACCUUGGUGCAGGAGGGCAAAUCCACUGGAGAUGCUUGUGGUAUUGUCAUCUCAUAUUCGGUACGCAUCAAACUGAAUUGCGGCACCUUGGGCGGAGAAAUGCAGACCGAUGUGCCAUUCAAAUUACUGCAGCCAGCACCGGGCUCCGUUGAGAAGAAGCGCUCGAAUGCCAUGAAGAAAAUGAAGUCGAUUGAGCAGCAUCGCAAUGUGAAGGGCUACUACCAGGAUGACGAUGACAACAUUGUCUUUGAGGACUUUGCCAAAAUGCGUAUGAAUAAUGUAAAUAUGGAUGAUUAGGCGUUGCAAGCACCACUAUGUUGCAUGUGUAUGUGGCAAAUGCCACAUAGGAUUUGGUUACCCUCGCAGCAAUUUGCCACGAGGGCGUAUGUGAUAUUUCUAUACAUAUGUAUGUCAUUGCAAUUGAAUGUGUAUAAAUGUGAACGUAAUUUGUUGCAACAACAACAACAACAGCAGUCAUUUCGACAUCGCAUCUCAUCAGCAGGCGGCACUUAAACUAAAUAACUUAAUAAUAUUUCAAUUAUUGUUAUUAUAUAUUUUUCUGUUUCUGUUUCUGUUUUAGAUUUCUGUUUUUAUGUAUUUGUGUGUGUAUGCGCAGCAAUAAUCCAAAUCGUUUACACACACAAAUACUGAUAUGGUGCAGACACCUAUCACUGCACUAUGGUUAAGCAAUAAAAAAAUAUUAAAAAUAA